AUGGCAAGAAUAUGAUAUUUACUUAUGAUUGUAGUUCACGUUCUUCUAUGGUUUUCAGCUUCUCACCAAACACAUGAGGUCGCAAAAAUCCGAGUUUUCAGCAAAGUCACUUCAAUUGAAUGGGUUUCUUGCUAUCUCUCAUUCACAUACUUUUUGCUUGCAUUUAUGUCAACAUUCAAUAUUCGAAUCCUUAAAAUCAAGCAGGAACUAUUGGUAUCUAUUUAUCUUAUGACUGUCUCCUUGCUGUCAAUAUCAAUAAUUCUUAAAUAUUCAAUACAGAUGCUUAAGCUUGAAGAAAUUGAGGAGGAUUAUGAAAACACAAAAGGUAUACCUGAAUAUUACCUGGACCUAAUGACAGGUGGAGGAUUGCUGGGAUUAGUUAUAUAUGAUAUGAAAUUUAUUGAAGAGUUUGCUGUCCCAAGCAGUUGGGUCUUGCUUAUUUUUGAUGUGUAUUUAGGAGGAUGGUAUUGUUUUAUGCAAUUUUUGUUUAAAAAGUCGGCAGGGAGCUUUUCUUAUCAGUUCUUAAAUGAAAUGAGUAAUGAACAAUUAAUACUACUUGGGCUUGGAGGAAUUGGGUUGAGCGCAGGCAUAAAGCAAAUUAUUUUAAAUUUAAACAAAGUAGAAGUAGAUGCAUACCGCGAGAAAAAAGUGAAGGAAGAUGCUAGAAUAAAGCGAGAGAGAGAAGCAAAUCGUAAAAAAUAUAAUUAA